CGGUGGCUCAUGCGCGUACAGGCAACAAGUGGAUUUAGUGAUUUCGAGUAUUUUUGUUUCUUUAAAGAUCACAUUAUUAAGAUAAAUAAAUGUAUUUAGACACAUAUAAAGUUAAAACCGUGUCUAUUGUGCAUUAAGUAAGUAGAAAGGAGCCAUUAAGUGGCGUUUGUGUUCUGAUGGCAGCGUUUAACGGAUUUAAACGGUUAGUUUGCGCAGUUUGAUAUGCGCUCGCGAUCGUGUCUCGCGCUAUUGUGAGUGUGCACGCGCCCGGUAUUUUAUUACAGGUGUAGGACAGAAAUAUGAAUAUGGAUGAGCUCAUGAUGUCUGAUUCUGGAUCAGAUGAAGAUAUAGCGGCACUCACAGCUGAGGACAGAGGCUCAACAGAGUCCGUCAGGAAGGGAUGUGACCCUCUUGUAUCAACCCAGCGCAGCAAACUGCAGCAGCGGAGAGCUAAACUCAACCAGCAGAUCAACAGAGAACUUCGUCUGCGGUCCGGCGCUGAAAACCUCUACAGGGCCAGCAGUAAUCAGAAGGUGAAGGAGACGGUAGCGCUAGAACUGAGUUUUGUGAACUCGAACCUUCAGCUUCUCAAAGAAGAACUAGAGGAACUGAACAGCAGUAUGAACAUCUACCAGACCGAGAGCGAGACGGUCAAUGUUCCCAUGAUUCCACUGGGGUUGAAGGAGACUAAAGAGAGCGACAUGACUGCACCUCUUCAGGAUUUCAUCAGUGAACAUUACAGUGAGGAUGCGUCUCUGUACCUGAACGAGAUCCAGGUGUUCAUGGAACUUAGACAGGCCAUGCGUACUCCCAGCAGGAAUGAAGCGGGGCAGGAGCUGCUGAUGGAAUAUUACAAUCAGCUGUAUUUCCUGGACCAGCGCUUCUUCUCACCACACAGAAGUUUGGGGAUUCACUUUCACUGGUAUGACUCGCUGACCGGUGUGCCUUCCGUUCAGAGAGCGCUAGCGUUCGAGAAAGGGAGUGUUUUGUUCAACAUCGGAGCACUUUAUACUCAAAUCGGAGCCAGACAAGAUCGUUCCACACUGACGGGCGUUCAGAACGCCAUCGAUGCUUUCCAGAGGGCGGCCGGUGCGUUUCUCUACCUGCAGGAGAACUUCUCUCAUGCGCCCAGUCUGGAUAUGAGCGGCCCUGCUCUGAGCAUGCUGGUCCGCCUCAUGGUAGCUCAGGUUCAGGAGUGUGUGUGUGAAAAGGUCAUUCUCACGCAGGACAACAACCUGAAUGUGCUUCUGCAAGCCGCCCAGGAGGCAGCGAGGGUAUCAGACGUGUAUUCUCUGGUUCUUCAGGCGAUGUCAGUGCCGUUACUGAAGGACUAUGUGCCCUUCUCCUGGAUCUCCAUGGUUCAGGUCAAAACGCAUCAUUUCAGAGCGCUGGCGCAUUAUUACACCGCUGUGGCGCUGUGCGACUGCUCAGGUAUGCCUGAUGAAGACGAUGAUGAAGGUGGAGAAAUUAAAGCUCUCAUACAGAUUCACACCAGACGACCAGACAAACUGAACCUUCAAGAUACGGUGGACAAACGGAGACUUGGUAAAGCUCAUCUGCGCAAAGCCAUCAUACGCCACGAGGAAGCCCUGCGUCUUCACGGCGUGUGUAAAAUGCUUCGGAAGAUGGACCUCCUACAGGAGGUUCUGUCACACGCUCACACACGCUCGCUGGAGAAAUACUCAGAUAUUGAUCAAGAAGACGAUUUCUGUGAAGUCGCAGAGGCUCCAGAGAUCCAGUCUCACACACAGCAGAAGCCUGAUAUUAAAACUCCUGAUUUCAGUGCCGUCAGAGUGACUGAUAUUUUCCACCGACUGGGACCACUUUCGCUUUUCUCUGCUCGGAAUCGCUGGGCGAGGCGUCACGCGUGUCUGGUUCGAGGAGAGGCGGGGCUUGGGCUCACGCUUCGAGGUGAUUCGCCAGUUCUGGUUGCUGGGGUUUUGCCAGGUGGAUGUGCUGCGGAGGCGGGGCUUCGUGAGGGGGAUUAUAUCGUGGCUGUGAAUGGUGCAGACUGCAGGUGGGCGGAGCACGCCGAGGUCGUUCACGCACUGAAGAGCUGCACGGAAAGAGGACUCGAGCUCGACGUCAUCACUCUACAGUCACACGAGCUGGAGAAGAGGACGCAUCUCUCGCCCGCCGCGGAGAGAGAGUGUCAGUCGGGCGGCCACAGGAGAGCGGCUCGGGAAUACGAGCGCGGAUCCUCGUCCAUCUGGAACUGGAGCUGGAGGAGCGGCGGGAGCAAGAGACUCGGAAACACCUUCAGUCUUUCCUUCGGGAACCUCAGAGAGGGGGAACCCAUGUACUGAACACACACCAGUAGAAGGAAGGAAGAACAUGAGCAAUGUUUUACUCAAUCAAUAGAGCACAACCAUCAGAUAUGAUAGCUAGGGUUGGGGAUCGUUCGAAUUUUACCGAUUCUGCUCAUCGAUUCCUAAUUUCAAUUCCAAUAAGGUAAACAAAAAAGGAUAUAAUUCACAUUCAGUCUUAUUGCUAAACGUUUGAUUUUAGCUGAAUAUCAUGAACAAAAAUCAACAGACUCAAGAAACUUUUCCCUGUGGGUUAAAAAUACCAAAGAAAAACAACAACCGGCAGCCUAACGAAUAUACAAUUCAAGCAUUAUUAAAGACAAGUAAAACAAUUAGCAAAUCGCAACAAAUAGAUACAACUGAACAAAGAUACGAUUGAUAUUAUCAGUGUUUUAAGAUUUGAUUUUAAGGUAAUCAAAUGUAAAAUAACUUUGUAAAUAAAGUAUACAUUACAAAUAUAGUUACAAAAGUUAUUCGGUCAAGAACGAGUGAGUUUUGUUGUUUGAUUAGUGUUAUUGAAGAGACUGUUAC